AUGUACUUCUCCGAGGUGUUCAAGCUCUCCAGCCAGCUCUGCAAGUUCUCCCCGGACGGCAAGUACCUGGCCUCCUGCGCGCAGUACCGCCUGGUGGUGCGCGAGGUGCGCAGCCUGCAGAUCCUCCAGCUGUUCACCUGCCUGGACCAGGUGCAGCACCUCGAGUGGUCGGCCGACUCCCUCUUCAUCCUGUGCGCCAUGUACAAGCGGGGGCUGGUGCAGGUGUGGUCGCUGGAGCAGCCCGAGUGGCACUGCCGGAUCGACGAGGGCUCCGCGGGGCUGGUGGCCUCCUGCUGGAGCCCCGACGGGCGCCACAUCCUCAACACCACCGAGUUCCACCUGCGGAUCACGGUCUGGUCCCUGUGCACCAAGUCCGUCUCGUACAUCAAGUACCCGAAGGCCUGCCAGCAGGGAAUCUCCUUCUCCCGGGACGGCCGCUACCUGGCCCUGGCGGAGAGGCGGGACUGCAAGGACUAUGUCAGCAUCUUCGUCUGCAGCGACUGGCAGCUGCUGCGGCACUUCGACACGGACACGCAGGACCUCGCCGGCAUCGAGUGGGCCCCCAACGGCUGCGUGCUGGCGGCGUGGGACACCUGCCUGGAGUACAAGGUCCUGCUCUACUCCCUGGACGGCCGGCAGCUGGCCGCGUACUGUGCGUACGAGUGGUCGCUGGGCGUCAAGUCGGUGGCCUGGAGCCCCAGCAGCCAGUUCCUGGCCGUCGGGAGCUACGACGGGAAGGUGCGCAUCCUCAACCACGUGACCUGGAAGAUGCUCACCGAGUUCGGGCACCCCGCGGCCAUCAGUGACCCGCGUGUGGUGGUGUACAAGGAAGCAGAGAAGAGCGCGCGGGCGGCGCUGGGCCGGCCCGCCUGCCCGUCCUUCAGGGCCGCCGAGAGCAAGUAUGAGAUCGCCACGGUGCCGGUGUCCCUGCAGACGCUGAAGCCCGCUGCCGACCGAGCAAACCCCAAGAUCGGCGUCGGCCUGCUGGCCUUCAGUCCCGACAGCUACUUCCUGGCCACGAGGAAUGACAACGUCCCGAACGCCGUGUGGGUGUGGGACAUGCAGAAGCUGCGGCUCUUUGUGGUGCUGGAGCAGCUGGGCCCCGUGCGCUCCUUCCAGUGGGACCCGCAGCGGCCCCGGCUGGCCAUCUGCUCGGGAGGCAGCAAGGUGUACCUGUGGUCGCCGGCGGGCUGCGUGUCUGUGCAGGUGCCCGGGGAAGGGGACUUCCAGGUCCUCUCUCUGUGCUGGUGCGUCACGGGGGCCUCGCUGGCCCUGCUCAGCAAGGACCACUUCUGCCUGUGCUUCCUGGAGACGGAGGACAAGGCUGACGGCGCCAUCGGGCAGCUGGGCGCCCACACGUAG